CGGCUGACAGUUCAGUUUUGCGGUGAACGCAACUUAAGACGGUACUGAGACGAUUUGUAACGGCAAAAAACGGUGCUUAAAAGCUGAACGCCGCAUUUAGGAUAAUCGCGCAGCAACAACAUUCCGAAUUUGUGAUUUAUUUUGCAUAAAAAACAACAACAAAAACAAUAAAACACAGUUCUUGAAUAGGCGAGUGCAACAAAGCGGCUUGAAUAUGUGGGCGUUGCUACUCUUUCCUUUGAUUAUUGUUGCUAGCUACCUUUACUGGUCUUACGUGCAGUACAAAACGGGCUGGCAUUUGUUGAAGAAACUGCCAGGACCCUUCAUAUUUUGGAUAUUCGGCAAUGUGCCGCAAAUCGGACUACGCUCUGAAGACCAUCUGACACAGAUACGUCGGUGGGCACAUGAUUACAACUACGGCUUGGCGCGGUGGUAUGGCGGCUCCCAACCCUACUUGAUGGUAACGAAUCCCAAAAAUGUUGAACAAGUGCUCUCCAGUACAGUGCUUACCUACAAAUAUGACCCCUAUAGAUUCUUUUAUCCCUGGCUGGGUCAGGGACUGCUCACCGCGAAUGGAAAACACUGGCUCAAUCAUCGUAAAAUGAUUACGCCCUCAUUCCAUUUCGCUAUUCUGCAAGAUUUUCUUAAAAUUAUGAACGAAACGACCGAUCGUUUCAUGGAACUGCUGGCGGAUUAUGCCUCGAAAGCGGAAAUGUUCGAUUUUCAAGAAGUCGUCACGCGCUCCACCAUCGAUGUGAUAUGCGAAGCCGCCAUGGGCACACCAGUAAACGCCAUUCAGGGUCCCACCUCUCCAAUAGUGCCUGCCAUUAUUGAAAUCUGCGAUGUGAUGAGCCAACGAAUCUUUAGCGCGUUAAAUCGUUUCGAUUUCUUUUUCGUUUGGACUAGAGCUUAUAAGAAGCAGGAGAGGGCCUUGUCGAUUUUGCGCAAAGAGCUUUCCGAGAUUAUUGAGAAAAGACGUAACAUGCUGAACACACUCGAUCCAAAUAAGCUGAAAUCGGAUGUAGAUGGCAAACGUCCGAAAAUGGCGUUUCUUGAUAACUUACUAACAGCGGAAAUAGAUGGACAGCCAUUAUCAUUUCAAGACAUCUUCGAAGAAGUAUCCACAUUUGUUUUUGAGGGUCACGAUACCACCGCCAGCGCCAUAGGUUUCGCUGUCUACUGUCUGUCACGACAUCCAGAAAUACAGAAUCGCGUUUUUCAAGAGCAAUUCGCCAUUUUCGGCAAUGAUGUUGAACGUAAUCCUACGUACCAGGAAUUGGGUGAAAUGAAGUAUCUGGAGUUGAUAAUCAAAGAGACGCUGCGUGUGUUUCCCAGUGUUCCCAUAAUUUUACGUACGUUGUUGGAGCAAACUGAAAUCGGCGGUGCUCAAAUUCCCGCAGGAACUUCGCUCGGCCUUUGUAUUAUAAUAAUGGGCACAAAUCCGCAUUACUUUCCGGAACCGUACCAGUUUAAGCCAGAACGCUUUGAAAAUCGCAACAGUAGCAAUCCCUACGAAUAUGUGCCGUUCAGCGCGGGUCCGAGAAAUUGCAUAGGUCAAAAGUUCGCCAACAUGGAACUGAAAGUAACACUUUCGAAGAUUAUCCGACACUUCAAUAUCUUACCAGCUGUGGACGGACUAUCCACGGGCAUACAUGAUCCCACAGAUCCCAGCGAUAAGAUAAACAAUCCUUAUGAUGCGCGUUUGGGCGUUUUCCUUACCUUAAAAUCUGUAAAUGGCAUAAAUAUACGACUGCGUCGCCGAUCGUAUAACAAUAUGUUUCUGUUUCUGUUGUCUGGCAUUUUGCUGGCACCGCUGCUGGCCCUACUCUUCUUGGAGGUGAAAAAUUAUAGCAAAGUCAAGCAGUUGAAUCGGCUGCCAGGACCGCCGGCUUUGCCGGUUGUGGGAAAUGCACAUCAAAUGGGCAAAACGCCAAGUGCGGUAUUGAGUCAGCUCUUCCAAUGGUGGGUCGAAUCAGAUUAUCAAAACUUCCGUGUGCUUCUUGGUCCCUAUCGGAAUAUGCUUGUCACAGAUGCCAAAGAUUUAGAGUUCAUUUUGACAAGUAAAACGCUGAUCGAAAAGUCCGAUAUUUAUGAUAUGCUGCAUCCAUGGCUUGGUACAGGACUACUCACCAGCACGGGUCGGAAGUGGCACACACAUCGCAAGAUUAUCACGCCGUCUUUUCAUUUUAAGAUACUGCAAAAUUUCCACGAUGUCAUGAACAAGAAUUCGAACAAGUUCAUUGAGAUAUUGCGCAAAGUUUCGACAAAUGAGGCGAUAUUCGAUUUCCAAGAUAUGACGCACUACUUCACGAUGGAUGUGAUUUGCGAUACUGCAAUGGGCGUACAUAUCAAUGCAAUGGACAAUCAUGACCACAAGUUGGUGCAGGCCUUCAAAGACAUGUGUUACAAUAUUAAUAUGCGCGCAUUCCAGCCGCUGAAAAGAUCGAAUAUUUUGUACAGAUUUGCGCCGGACUAUCCCAAGUACUGUAAGACACUGAAAACACUGCAAGACUUCACAAAUGAGGUCAUAACGAAGCGCAGAGAAACACUCAAACGCGAAACAACGCUCACAAAGGAUGGUCAGGAGGAUGAGUUCUCACGCAAAAAACAAGCUUUUCUGGACACUUUACUCUCUUCUACAAUCGACGGCAAGUCGUUGACACAACAAGAGAUCUAUGAAGAGGUUUCGACCUUCAUGUUUGAGGGACACGAUACAACUACAUCUGGUAUAGCAUUUACAGUGUAUUUGCUCGCCAUGCAUCCCGAGAUCCAACGAAAAGUUUACGCCGAGCAGCAACAGUUAAUGGGAGAAAAUUUCAAGGAUGAAGCCACUUUCCAGCAGAUUGCCGACAUGCAGUAUUUGGACAUGGUUAUAAAGGAGUCAUUGCGUCUAUAUCCGAGCGUACCAAUUGUUGCCAGACGCACUGAAAAGGAUUACGACAUAAAUGGCUUCACGGUGCCUGUAGAUACUACGCUUAACCUCUUUCUAAUGGCACUCGGCUACAAUGAAAAAUAUUUCCCCGAUCCCUAUCGCGUGGAUCCAGAACGUUGGUGUGAGACGAAGCACUCCCAAAAUGCGUUUGAAUACUUGCCUUUCAGCGCUGGGCCCAGAAAUUGCAUAGGUCAAAAAUUCGCGUUGCUCGAAAUUAAAACUGUAAUUUCGAAAAUCGUGCGCACUUUCGAAAUACUGGCGCCACUGGACGAACUAGUCUCCAAAGAUGGCUAUUCGAGACACUUCGUUGGCUUGUCGCCGGAGGAACAACGGAAGCGUUUACCGAAUCCUAGCAAGUACGACCCCAUAUUGUCGGCUGUGCUGACACUUAAAUCGGAGAAUGGUAUUUUCAUAAGACUACGAGAGCGACCAUAGAUCCAGAGAUGCAAUUUGGCAAAUGUAAAUGGUAUAAAGAAGUAUGGUUAUUUAGCAUAAAUUAGAAAUGUUUUUACGUUGGUUGCAUUUGUUUAUUUCAAAAUAUUGCUAAGUAAAUAUAAAUAUGAAUAUACGAUAGAUCUUAAAUUAGUUUGUUUGAUGUUCGUGCAUACUGAGUGGUUUUUCGUUGCUUAACCUAUAAAAUAUGGUAUUAUGACUGAGUAAUUCAUUAAGCUGCCACUAGAACAGUGCCCACGUAGGGCUCUGCAUUGAAUUGUGUGGGAUCAAUAAUUUGUCUGUAAAAAGUUAAGUAAAAACAUUUUUAUAACAAAUUUGAGGUUAUGCGUCAUAUAAUUGAACUCACCCAUCGACGUAUUGUGAAUGUAAGGAGGUGGUAAUCACCUCGGCUUUGGUACCCAACGAGUAGUUAGAGUUGAGGUUCAAAGUCUUAUUAGAACUGCCCAAGUUCAGCACGAUCACAUAGAGAUCGCUGCCAGUCUUUUGACUAUAGAAGUAAUAGGACGUGAGAAAAUAUUCACAUAAAAUAGCAAGCAGUUUGAGUCCUCUUACCGUGAGUAGAUAAUGAUGUCGUCAUCGAGCGCCUUAAUGUUUAGAUCGCCAUCCACGAAUGAGGGUUCCUUGCGUAGGCGUAUCAGCUUCUUGAAGAUCUGCAAAUGUGACUGUGGGGCGCGUAAUUGAGCCAAAGCGUUGUUUUGCUUGUAAUCGUCGGACACCGGAAGCCAAGUGUGGUCACCAGCGGUGAAACCUAUUGCGAUUUAAUAAUUGAACUUUUGAGUGUAUACAUAGAUAACGAAUACAAAUAUGUGUGAAUGGAAAAAUGUUUACUCUUGAAACUGUUAGAUGUCAGAUAAUGUGAGUGUAUUUGUGAAUUUAGUAUGCACCACUUACCGGCAUUAGGUGAUGCAUCCCACUGAUAGGGUGUACGUGCAGGAUCGCGAGAUAAGUCAUAGUAACGAACAGGAUCGGAAUUGCAGGCCUGUGGAUCGACGGAAUCCUCCCAACUAAUAUAGACAUCAGUCAUAGCAAUUUCUUCGCCCUAUAAGGAAGAAAUGUGGAUUUGAUCUACCAUUCGGACUGCAUAAAAUAGCGGCUACUCACAUUGUAGGUCACCGCGUUGCCGGGCAAUGUUUGGAGCAGGAUGUUGAAGAGAUCUGCACGCUGUAUGCCGUAACGUGAGGCCAAACGCUUGUUGUCGUGGUUGCCCAACACCCAGUUGGCAAGCACACCCUCAGGCAUUGCAUUCAGCCACUUGUUGAUAUGCUCCACCACAGCCGGUGCCUUGGUGUCGUUCUGGAGAUUGGUUAAGAAAUCGAAAUUGAAAGGAAUUUGCGAGCCAUUUCGUACACCAUUGCCAUAGUAAAGAAUCAUGUUGUCGAAGCUGGUGUAGGCUUCCGUCAUCAAUAUGCGUGUGUCACCGCCGUGCUCUUUCUUGAA